CCAGACGCCUCAGACCUCUCCAUCGCAAAAACCUAAAUCUCAAUUCAAUUCAAUUCAAUGGCACCAAAGGCAGGAAAGAAACCCGCAGAGAAGAAGCCCGCGGCGGCAGAGAAGCCGGCGGAGGAGGUAGCGGAGAAGGGCCCGGCGGAGAAGAAACCCAAGGCGGGGAAGAAGCUGCCGAAGGAAGCCAUCGGCGCGACGGACAAGAAGAAGAAGCGGAGCAAGAAGAGCAUCGAGACGUACAAGAUCUACAUCUUCAAGGUCCUGAAGCAGGUCCACCCUGACAUCGGGAUCUCGAGCAAGGCCAUGGGGAUCAUGAACAGCUUCAUCAACGACAUCUUCGAGAAGCUCGCCCAGGAGGCCUCCAAGCUCGCGAGGUACAACAAGAAGCCCACGAUCACCUCCCGCGAGAUCCAGACCGCUGUGAGGCUCGUUCUCCCCGGUGAGCUCGCUAAGCACGCCGUCUCUGAAGGAACCAAGGCCGUUACUAAGUUUACUAGCUCUUGAAUAAUGAAGUUGUGUUUUUUUUUUUUUUCUAAUUUGGUUUGUAAUUGUUGAAAAACAUAUAUCAUCUGGUGUUAAAUCGUCUCUUUUGGAAGCAGAAUCUCAAUAUAACACGUUGGUUAUUGAAUCUUA